AAUGCUUCGCCCAAUCUUCAUCACCCUUGCCAUUGCCGUUUACACUGCAUUUGCUCUACAGUGCCAUGUAGUUCCAGCUGGAAACCUCUCCGUUCCAGAUACCUCCCAGCGUCAGGAGUGUGGUAUCGGAUCAUUGACAUGCGUCAAAGUUGUCGACUUCACCCGGGGAACCUAUACCAAGCAAUGCCAAACCAUGAACUGCACAUUGAACGGAAUGCAAAAUGCCGCAGCCAACUGCCAGAACUCUUCAGCUUUCGGAGUCAAUGGGGCCACUUGCUGCUGCUACGGAGAUGGAUGUAACUCUUCCCCGAAAACUGGAAUUGUGUCAGCUGUUGGAAUAACUCUCGGCUUCAUCUCUCUAAUGAAAAUCAUGACAUAAAGUCGCAUUGUCUAGGGAGAUCGUUAAUGUUUUCUUUUUCAUUUUUUUGUCCAAUUCCUCAUAAUCGUACCGUUCCCAAGUCUUCUCAAAAAAUCUCAUAUUUUGCCAUCAAAUUUUUAUCCAGUGAUAGACAUAUGUUUUUAUAAUCAUCCCGUUUGUAAUGCUUCUCUGAACAUAAUUUAUUCCAAUGUAAAGUCCAAUUAAUAAAUUCGAAAAAGAAAACAG